UCCGAUGGCGUUAGUGAACGGGGAUUCGAUCGACCGACUCCUAACCUGUCCUAACCUCUUUCUUCGAGUUGUGUAAGCGAAUCAAUUGCACAUUAUAUUUACUAUAGUAUGUGAAUAUUUAUUUACAAUAUAUUGUACGUCUUUUGUAUUGAAAGAAAUUUUUACAAUAUCAUGUUUUUAACAAACGUACUGUUAAAAAAGGCAAAAAGCAAGCACAUUUUAGUCCUUGCAGAAAGUGUUGUAAGUGGUCAUCGGUUAGUACGUAUCAGAGACAGAUUAGCUGACAAAUUAGAAUUUAUAUCCUUUGAUCCUUAUGUUCGACAAAACACGCUCUAUAAAGAAAAGAAAAAAUUACAUAGCUUAUAAUUUACAAAUGUUACAAUGCACUAUUUACAAAAUUGUUGUCAAAAAAUGUAAAAAAAUUAUUAGAUCGAGUACAAUGUGACAUUUAUUACCUUAUUUAUCAUAAAAUACAAUACUAUUGCAAAUUGAAACACACAAAAUAAUGUUUUGUGUUUGGGAUAUUUAAUUUAAUUUAUUGUGUAAAACAGUAUACUCUUUAAGAUACAUUAAGAUAAAUAACAAUAUAAAACAACAUGAAUAAUUAUACAGUUGGUUAGGCAUCAGCAAUACUGCUGCUAUUAGGUCUACUAGUAGACACAAAGAGUAUAAAAGCGAGAACAAAACGAAAGAAAGAGAAACAUAAAAAGUAAAAUAAAACAGAAAAAAUAACACAAUUCCAAAUACUAUACAUAAUAUUCUGCUACUGCAAGAGACGCAAAAGUAAAAUAAAUAAAAUACUAUUGUACUAAAAUAAAAUAAAUAAAUUAGCCUUGUUUAGAAUAAAA